GUUUUCUCAUUAACAUGAAUUUUUUUACCUUUCCUUUUAAAGAAGUCACCAGUCUAUUUUAUCGUGUUCGAGUGGAGGUAUGAAAUCCCUCUGGAGACUAAGAUUCUAUAAAUACGGCCAUCUUCAUAGUAACAACAUCAAAAUGUCCAAUCGAAAAUGCUUCUCAUCAGGUGCUCUAAGAAGAUACAGUUACUGUGUGGCACCCAUGAUUGUAGCAGAACCAACAAGAGGACUUGUGGAUGAACUAAUCAGACUUAAGAUUACACAUUUAAUGCCCAACCAACAAGUUACUUUACAAUCAAAGUUGCUGUCUGAGGAUGCCGAUUGGUGGGAGGCAUAUGCCCAUUAUGUCAGUGAUUCAGAAGGAAUUGUUCGAGUUAGCAGAGACAAGUCGUUUGGAGGCACGUACAAGGGCCAGGAACCGAUGGGCUUAAUAUGGAGCAUGCAGCUUGCGCCUGGUGGUCGUCCUGGAAUGCGGCUGAGGAAGAAGGAUGUGACAGUUCCUUAUUUGAUAACCAUUUCUGUGUAUGAUGGAUGGAUUUCCAGGAAUUUUGACAAACGGGCAGUAUUGGCAUCAGUUGUAUUAGAACGUUUUUAUAUGGCGCCGGGCGUUACUCGGAUAGAGCUCAAUGAGGAACCUGUAAUUGGAACAAUGUUCUUUCCUCCAGGACCUGGACCAUUUCCUGCCAUUUUAGACAUGUGGGGUGGUGGUGGAGGUCUUGUUGAAUACCGUGCAGCUCUUCUUGCAUCGCGAGGAUUUGCAACCUUAGCUUUGGCUUACUUGGGACAUAAGAAUGUCCCACAGUCAUUGCAAACAUUUGACCCAAACCUCUUUUACUUCAAGGAGGCCUUCAACACUCUUAAUAACCAUGCAAAGGUUUCAAAAGGCAAUGUUGCCAUUUUGGGACUCUCACUUGGAUUCACACUUGCACUCCUAAUGGCAACGGAGAUCCCAAACAUUCAUCCAAAGUGCUUAGUCUGCAUUAGUGGAAGCCAUUAUAAAGGUCUUCUGGAAGGACAACAGAUCCUAUUUCCUGAUUCUCACAAGGAUGAAAACAAAAUUAAGAUUACAGAAGAUGGUAGUGUGAUAUGGAGAAAUGUUCCUUUGCCAUUCCCAGAUGAUCCAAAGAGCAUGGUUCAGGUUGAUAAAAUCAGAUGCCCCAUGAUGCUUAUUUUUGGAGAAGAUGAUCAGAACUGGCCUGCACCUGAAUCAGCUGUGGAGAUCCAGAAGGUGUUGAAAGCUGCAGGAAAGGAACACUUGCUCACAACACUGGCAUACCCUCAGACUGGACAUCUGAUUGAGCCUCCAUAUAGCCCCCACUUCAGAAAAUCCAAGUUUAAGGUGCCUUCUUCAGACAAAGCGGUAACUAUUUUGUGGGGAGGAGAAGCUAAACCUCACUCGGAUGCUCAAAAGGAUUCCUGGAAAAAGAUCCUUGUAUUUCUAGAAGAGCACCUUAUGUCUCACCAUCCAGUUGCUGUCACUCAAUCCAAACUGUGAGGAGGAGAUAAUAUCCUUUUUUUUCCUUUUUUUUGGUACAUCAAUACCAAGAGACUUUAUCAAUCUUGUCUUCUCUUGAUCAAAAGAAAUAAUCCUGAAACUUGUCUAUCGAGUGUUUGUUCUUCUGAUUUAUAUUAUGUUUCCUGAGUGAAACCUGUCAUUUUGUCUUUGAGAAUCCUAGAUUCCAUACACCACAGAAGAAGGUUGCGCUUCAACCCAUUGUGACUGUGUAGAUUCUUUGAAAGAAUUAUUUAAGUAAUCCCACUCAUCAUCUUUUUGCCCAGAUGCAGAAUUUCUGUUUGAAAGCAAUUGUGAAAUCCAGUUUCGCCAGUGUUUUAGAAAGACAAGAUACCAAAUCACUACAAACAAUGUUAUCACUGUUAUAAAAUCACACAACACAGAAACAAACUAAUCCCACCUGCCUGCAUUUGGCCCCUAUCUCUCCAAACAUUUCUUAUUCAUGUACUUAACCAGAUGACUUUUAAAUGUUAUACCUGUACCUGCAUUCACCACUUCCUUUCCAUGUUCAGUCCACACAUUGUGUUAUAAAAAAUAAAAUUGCCCCUCAAAUGUCUUCUUUAAAUCUUUCUCCUUUUGCCUUAAAAAAUAUGUCCUCUCGUCUUGAAAUCCCCCAUCUUAAAAACACCUACAACUGGUCUAUACGAAUGAUUUUACAAAGGACACCCCUCAACCUCGUACGCCUCACUGAAAACGGCACAGCCUAUUCAGCCUCUCCUUUACAACUUAAGCCCUCUAGUCCUGACAACAUCCUGGUAAACCUCCUCUGAACCCUCUCCAGCUUAAUAAUAUCCUUCCUGGAACAGGGAGACCAGAACAGGACACACUACUCCUGAAGAAUCCUCUACAACCUCAAAGUAACAUUCCAACUUAUAUACUUAAAGGGCUGAGCAAUGAAGGCAAGUGUGCCAAACGCUGUCUUAACCACCCUAUUGAUAUGUGAUACAACCUUCAAAGAAUUAUGGACCCAAAUCUCUGCAACACCAUCCAAGGCCCUAUCUUUAAUUAUAUAAAUCUUGUCUUUGUUUGUUUUACCAAAAUAUAAUGCCUCACAUUUAUCCAAAUUAAAUUCCAUUUGCCACUCUUCAGCCCAUUGAUCAAGAUUUCUUUGUAAUGUUAGAUAACCUUCUUCACUGUCCACUAUACCACCAAUCUUGGUGUUAUCUGCUGACUUACUAACCACGCCUCCAGUAUUCUCAUCCAAAUCAUUUUGGUCUUUUUGGCAGUUAGCUUAAAUCUCUAUCUUUUGGUUGCUAACACAUCUACCUUUGGAAAUGGUUUAUUUUAUUUACACAAUCAAGAUUUUCAUGAUUUUAGCCAGCUGUUUCACAUGUCCUCUUAACUUUCUCAGCUGGAAGGAGAACAAUCCUGUUUGCUCUGCUUUUUCCUUAUAACUGAAGCCUUUCAACCCUAUUGGUAUCCUGCACAUUCUCUUAGGCCUUGACAUUCUCCUUAAUGUGUGGUGCCCAAAAAUAGUCACAAUAGCAGGGCUCUUCCUAAAGUUUUAAAACAGUUCAGCGUAAUUGGCGUGCUUUUGCUGACUGUGCCUAUUCAGACAAAGGUUCUGUAUAAAAGAUUUGUUUCUGAACUUACCCUGGCACCUUUAAGAUAGUUUAUCUUAAUCAGAAGUUUAUGUACUUAGAGAUCAAGACAAUAAGGAAACUCUCUAAUUUUAUGUUCGGGGUUCAAAUGCUGGUGUUUUAACUAGAAUGAUAUAUGUCAUCAGUUCUGCAUCCAUAGUGAAGUAUAUUUUUGUGAUUCAUUAAACAGGCAUCAAUGAUGUACAACUUAUUAAUGACAGGAAACAAAUUAGAGAAGUCCUCACAAGUUCAAAUAGUAUAAGCAUCAUCUUUUCACAAAUAUACCUUUUUCCCUCUUUCUCAUGAAGAUAGUUGUUGUUGUGGAAGAAUCAUUCAAUAUUCUGUUUUUAAAAAAAAAAUUACCAGGAGAUGCAGGAAAUCCUUCACGAAAUUACACUUUAAUCUUGCAAAAUCAAAGCUGUGACAGCCAGAAAAUGUCUUCCCUAUCUGCCCACAAGACCUUUUGUUUCGCUGCAGUUUAUACAGUCUUAGCUUACCAUGCUUAUCUGAUUAUCUGAAGAGCAUUAGCAUACACCAUCGUACUGGCUUCCUUUGCCUUCCUAACCUAAUCAUCUUCUGCCUCACUGGUCCACUACAUUACAUUACACUAUCACCAUUACAUUUAGUAUUAGCUCAUCUAUCUGUGAUUUAACUAACCUAUCACCGUUCACUGCCAUUAUCUGUUGCUGGAGCUCUGUAAUAUGAUCAUGUGCAUGCAUUACAACGGUAAGUUAGCUGUAUAACUGCCAUAUUAACUUCCAUACUGUCUGGCUCAUAGGAACAUGAGUAGGGCAUUCAGCCCUGUGAGGUUAUUCUGCUAUUCAAAUAGAGAAUGGUUAAUCAUAUAACUCGAUGCCACUUUCCACAAACUAUCAUGUUAUUCCCUGAUGUCAUCAGCAGUAUAGCAAUUCAUGCUUUUAACAUGCUUAGUGAUUGAGUUCCACGUCGCUCUGAAGUAGAAAAUUCCAAAUGUUCACCACCAUCUGUUGAAGUAAUUCUUCUUCUUCUCAGUCUUAAAGGGCUUACCAUUUAUUUUGAGAUGGCAUCCUAUAGAUUUAGACUCACCAGCCAGGGGUUACACCCGAUCUACAUCCAGCUAGUCAGGCUCUCUAAAGAUAUUGUAAGUUUCAAAUAGGCCAUCUCUCAGUCUUCAAACUGUAGAGAAUAUAGGCCCAAUUUUUUCAGUCUGUCCUCGAGGCAUGUCCACCAUCCCAGGGAUUUGUCUCCGGGAUUAGCGGUGAGCAUCUAUUGACUAGAGCUCUGCAUUGUGUGCCUGGUGUGGUCUCCCCAAUGUUCUUCAGAACUGCAGCAAGACGUCUUUAUUUUUGUACUCAAAUCCAUGCCAUUUGCUUUCCUUAUCUUGGUGCAUUUGCGUGCUAGUACUUAGCAACUCGUGAUCAAGGACGCCCGUUUGAACGCCAGACUUCCAAUGCCCUCAGCAUUUAGGAAAUGUUAUGCCUUUUUUUUUCCAACUAGGUUAUCUUGUAACUGUAGGAGAUUUUAGGUAUCUUCCUCUGUGAACACACCCUAAGUAACCAUAGCUUCUCCUCUGUUUCUCUGUUCUCCAUUGUAAAUUCUGCCUGCUUCUGUAAUGGACUUACAUUAUUCCUUUCCAUGUAACUAAAGGGAUUUUUAUAGCUUCCUUUGUUUCUUGCUGGUUUUAUUUUUUUUUCCUUAAAUACUACUGAUGGCCAGUCUAUUGUCAAAUCUUUGUGUGUUUUUAACUCUGCUAUUGCCGACUUACCCCUAUACCAUCAAGUUCUCUCAUUCAAAUUUAAGACCCUAGUUUCAAAAUGAACCAUAUCACAUUCAAACUUGAGAUGAAAUUCAUACUAUAGUUAGUGCCUUCUCAAGUUCUGAUUACUUAUUACUCAGGCUAAACUAGCCUGAUUCUGUAGUUGAUUAUUGAACAUACUGUUCCAGAAAUCCAUCUCAAACAUACUCCAGGAAUUUAUCCCCUACCACAUUGCAGAAUAUUUAUUCAGUCCAUAAAUAAAUUGAAGCCUCCCAUUAUGUAUUAUCUACAUUACAUACAUCCCUAAUUUUUUAAUUCAUAUUAUGCCCAAACAUGAUUAUUGUUUGGUGACCUAUAAAACAAUUCCCACCAAUUUUUUUGCUGUCCUUUGCAGUCACUCAAUUUCACCCAAACAGAUUCUACAUCUUGAUCCUUUAGAGUCAGAAAAAUAUACAGCAGGGAAACAGACCCUUUGGUCCAAUUCAUUCAUGCCAACUAGAUAUCCUAAAUAAAUCUUGUCCUAUUUUCCAGCAUUUAGCCCAAACCCAACCUAUUCGUAAACCCAUCCAGAUCCCUUUUAAAUGUUGUAAUUGUACUAGCCUCCACCACUUCUGGCAACUCUUUCCAUUCCAUACACACACCACCCUCUGUGUAAAAGAAGUUGCCAUUAGGUUCUUUUUAAAUCUUUUCCUUCUCACCUUAAACCCAUGCCUUCUGGUUUUGGACUCCUCCACCCCAGGCUAAAGACCUUGUCUAUUUAUCAUAUUCAUGCUCCUCAUGAUUUUAUAAUCUCUAAGGUCAACCUCUGCUCCAGGAAAAAUAGCCCCGGCCUACUUAGUGUCUCCCUGUAAGCUCAAACCUUCCAACCCUGGCAACAUCCUUGUAAAUCUUUUCUGAAUCCUUUCAAGUUUCACAACAUCCUUCUGAAAGGAGGGAGACCAGAAUUGCAGGCAGUAUUCCAAUAGUGGCCUAACCAAUUGUCUGUACAGCCGCCACAUGACCUCCCAAUUCCUACACUCGAUGCACUAACCAAUAAAGGCAAGCUAUGAUCCAAGAUCUCUCUUUAAUGUACUGAUUUCAUCACAUAAUGAGAGCACUAUACUACUUUCUUUUCCUUUCUGCCAUAAUUCUUAAGUAUCGUGACCCAUGACUACUCAGUUCCCAAAUUUGGUUCAGUUAUUUAAAUCUGUUGUUGAAUAAAUUGAUUGAAUCAAAAUAUUUAGAAAUGCAGUAAGUUAACCAUGAUCCUGUUUGAAAGUAAUUAUAAAAUCAACCUGUGCUGCUUCAGUUGUGAAUAUCUUUCAGAUAAAAAUUCAAUAUUUUGUGUACUGUUUUUUCUGGAAGAUAAAUAUAAUUUCACUUAUUUUCUCGCAAGUCGCCCAUUAGUAUGAAUGUGAUAUGAUUACAAAUGGGGAAUGUUGGAUUGUGCAAUUAUAAAUGCCAGAAAUAGAUAUUUUAAUUGUAUUACAAUUUUAAUGAAGGUGUUUUUCACAUUCUGUAUUAACAUC